AUGAUGCUGGCGGCACUUCUUCAUUCUUCUCCGUUUGGUGAAAAUCGAACCUACUUUUUACAUUUCCGGCUGGAGAGCAGUACCCAAUUCCAUGAUGGAAUGGUGGGCAACAUCAUCGCCGUCGCCAUCGAAUUCACGGUUCUUCUAGGCUUGCAGUGCUCUUUGUCUCGCAUGUUUUCAAUAAAUUUGUUCGAGUUCACGGGCAAAAUCAUUCGACUGGACUAUUCUUUCUAUGCCUUCGGCAUGUCGUGCUGCUUCAUUGCCUG